GGGACACUGGCAUGUACUCGUGCACAGCAUCCAGUGCCAGCGGAGAGGCUUCCUGGAAGGCUUACCUGGAGGUGCAAGAGUUUGGUGUUCCAGUGCAGCCAGUCCGGCCCACAGAUCCUAACCUGAUCCCCAGUGCUCCGUCUAAGCCGGAGGUGACCGAAGUGUCCCGCUCCUCCGUCACCCUGAGCUGGAAGCCCAACCUCAACACCGGUGCCACCCCCACCUCCUACGUUAUAGAGGCCUUCAGCCAUGCGUCCGGUAGCAGCUGGCAGACUCUGGCUGACCAUGUGAAGACUGAGUCGUAUGUGUUGAAGGGCCUGAAGCCCAGCGCAGUCUACCUGUUCCUGGUGCGGGCCGCCAACGCCUACGGCCUGAGUGACCCCAGCCCCAUAACAGACACUGUCAAGACACAAGACAUCCCUCCCACCAGCCAGGGCGUGGACCACCGUCAGAUCCAGAGGGAGCUCGGCGACGUGGUCAUCCAUCUGCACAACCCCACCAUCCUCUCCUCCUCCUCCGUCCGAGUGCAGUGGACGGUCGAGCAGCAGUCGCAGUACAUCCAGGGCUACAAGGUGAUGUACCGGGCCACGGUGCCCGAGGGGCAGCCGCGGGGGGACUGGGCCGUGUUCGAGGUGCGGACCUCGGGGGAGGACAACGCCGUGGUGCCCGGCCUCAAGAACGGAGCCACCUACGAGUUCAAAGUGCGGCCCUUCUUCAACGAGUUCAUGGGCACGGACAGCGAUGUCAAACUGGCCAAGACCCUGGAGGAAGCUCCCAGCGCUGCCCCUCGGGAUGUUACCGUGACCGAGAGCGGCGACAAUGGCACUACCAUCCUGGUCUCCUGGCAACCGCCUCCAGAGGAAGACCAGAACGGCGUGGUCCAGGAAUACAGGGUCUGGUGCCUGGGCAACGAGAGCAAGUACCACAUCAACCGCACGGUGGACGGCGCGACGCUGUCCGUGCUCAUCCCCGGCCUGGCCCCCGGGGUGCGCUACAGCGUGGAGGUGGCCGCCAGCACCAGCGCCGGCCCCGGAGUCAAGAGUGACAUCACCUACUUCCAGCUUGAUGAGACUGGCCGCGUGAGGCAGAGCGUGGACCUGGAGAACACGCUGUCGCAGCAGAUCUCCGAUGUGGUCAAGCAGCCGGCCUUUAUUGCCGGCAUCGGCGCCGCCUGCUGGAUCAUCCUCAUGGUGUUCAGCAUCUGGCUGUACCGCCACCGCAAGAAGAGGAGCGGCCUCAGCAGCAGCUACGCCGGCAUUCGCAAGGUGCCUUCCUUCACGUUCACUCCCACAGUGUCCUACCAGAGAGGAGGAGAGGCCGUCAGCAGUGCCGGAAGGCCGGGGCUGCUGAACAUGGGGGAGCCGGCGUCUCAGCCGUGGUUGGCGGACACCUGGCCCAACAGCUGCUCCAGCCACAACGACUGCAGCAUCAACUGCUGCACCUCCGGCCAAGGCAACAGCGACAGCAACCUGGCCACCUACAGCCGUCCCGCCGACUGCAUCGCCAACUACAACAACCAGCUGGAAAACAAGCCCACCAACCUGAUGCCCCCUGAGCAGGGCAUGUACGGCGAGGUGGACCUCUCCAACAAGAUCAACGAGAUGAAGACCUUCAACAGCCCCAACCUGAAGGACGGCCGCUUCGGGCCCGGCGGCCAGCCCACGCCCUACGCCACCACUCAGCUCAUCCAGUCCAGCAUCAUGGGCAACAACAUGAGCGGUGGCAGCGGUGGUGGAGGGGGCAGCAGCGGGGGUAACAGCGGGGGCAGUGGAGGUGGCGUGGGCAUGGGGAUGAUGGGGGACGUGAACGAGAAACACUGCUGGAAACCCUCGCCCGCCAGCCAGAAGCAACAGCAGCAGCACCAGGACCUGAGCUCCACGCAGAUGCAGUACAACAUCAUGGAGCAGAACAAGCUGAACAAGGACCACUACAGAGGUGGAGAGAGCCCCAUGCCAGCCACCAUCCCCUACAACCAGGGCCCCGAACCCAGCACUGGCUCCUACAACAGCUCAGACCGCGGCACCAGCAGCACGUCAGGGAGCCAAGGCCAGAAGAAGGGAACUCGCACCCCCAAACUGCCCAAACAGAACACAAUGAACUGGGCUGACCUGCUACCCCCUCCCCCUGCCAACCCCCCACCCUGUGACAAGUACUCACAUCUUUCUAUGGAGGAGAGCUACGACCAGGACAUGCAAUGCCCCCUACCCCCGUCCCGCAUGUACCUGCAGCCGGACGACCUGGAGGAGGAGGAGGACAUGGAGCGGGGUCCCACUCCCCCCGUGAGGGGCGCAGCCUCGUCUCCGGCCGCCGUCUCCUACAGCCACCAGUCCACGGCCACCCUCACGCCCUCCCCCCAGGAGGAGAUGCAGCCCAUGCUGCAGGACCCGGGGGAUGGCAUGGGUCAGCAUGACCGCAGGCGUCAUGUGGUGAGCCCCCCACCCCCGCCUCGCCCACUCUCCCCCACACACACCUACGGCUACAUCUCCAGCCCCCUAGCACUCGACACCGACGGCAUGGAGGAGGAAGAGGAGGAGGACGAGGACGAGGCCGAGGAGGAAGGUGACGAGACGGACGCCGAGGUGGCCAAGGUGCACCGCCACCACCGGCGCCAGCGUCCCCAGCACCACCACCAGCAACAGCAACUGCAGCACGCGCCUAACCCCCACCACCCGCACCCACACCACCAGCACCAGCACGGCCAGACCCCCCACCACCCGCACCAGCUGGCCCAGCGGAGGCUGCUGAUCCCACCGCGUGGCCUGGAGCAGACGCCAGCCUCCAGCAUGGGCGACCUGGAGAGCUCGGCCACGGGCUCCAUGAUCAACGGCUGGGGCUCGGCCUCGGAGGAGGACAACGCCUCGUCGGGCCGCUCCAGCGCCGUCAGCUCGUCCGACGGCUCCUUCUUCACCGACGCCGACUUCGCCCAGGCCGUGGCGGCCGCCGCAGAGUACGCGGGCCUCAAGGUGGCCAAGUACCCCCAGCAGCAGCAGCCACUGGACCAGCACACUGCCCCCGGAGCACGAAAAUACCAAAUGACCCCGUCAGGCCACCGUCCGAGCAGCCCUGUGUCCACUGACAGCAACAUGAGCGCAGCGCUGAUGCAGAAGCGGCCGCCCAAGAAACACAAGCAACCGCAGCACCUGCCCUGUCUCCCAGCCCACCACCGCCGGGAACCCUACACAGACGACCUGCCACCCCCUCCCAUACCCCCACCGGCUGCGCUCAAGUCCCCCACGCACCCAUCCAAAGCCGGGCUGCCCCCCAAGGGUGGCUCCAGCGGAGAGAAGCGAGCGGGUGGAGCGUACCGCUCCCGGGAUGGCUCCGACACCCGCACCAGCUCCGCCGAGCGCCACGAGGCCCAGGAGAGACAGAAGGCCCAGAGAGGGGGCAAGUCUGGCAAACACGAGCCUGGCACCAAGGGCCACCAUCACCAGGGCUCUGAGGACAUCCCACCCUAUAACCGGCCCUCGUUCCCAGCAGUCCACAGUCCGCGGGAGCGCGACCCUGGCUCCUCCAGCUCCCUGUCCUCCAGAGGCUCUGGGGGCCGACGGAAAGGAGAGGCUGAGCAGGCGGGCCGCAGGCCUCCAAACCUGGGCCACAACACCAUGGGAGCCUUCCAGCCUGGAGACGAGGAACUAGAGAUGGUGGAGAGCUGAAGACCAGCCGACCGAGAGACUCCAUCACGUCUGGUCCAAGAGGAAAACUGAGAAUCCCUUUGUUCAACACUCUGUUGGAUUUUAAAGAAAUCACCACGCCGCCAUGUUCACUGACAAACACUAUAACUCGCCUUGUUGCCAUCAGGAAUACUGACCAGUUGUCCAUCUUUUUUAAUUUAUCAUUUUCUAAGUCCAGUCAAGAAGACAGAUAAAAAAAGGCUCAAAUGAUAAGAGAAAAAAAAACAAUUGUGCAUUAGGAGGGAAAUGAGCUGUAGUACUUUAUAUUUUGAUUUUGAUGCAAUAUGGAGUGACGUUUACUCCGGUGAUUGUUCCGACUUUACAGGCCCUGGCUAAAACAGAAGGACCUUGCAGUCAGGUGUUUCUGUAAUAAUAUAUUAGCUACAAGCAGAGUGGGGGUGGACUGACUUGUAAAUAAACGUGUACACAUGUUUCUUAUUCUUUAAAAAAAAUAAUCCAUUGUGGUACUUCCAUUUUUUGUCCUCCUUGUUUUAUUUUGAAUAAUUUCUAAUGUUAUUAUGCCAGUAAAUAUAAUUAUUUUACCCUUUCCCAUGCCCAUUGUAAAUUGUUAUAUCGUGUAACUGCCCUCGAAAAAGUGCCACAUUGGGAGCCUCUUCUUUUUUUGUAAUGCACUGUUAUGUUUAUUUUGUUGUCGUUCCGUGUUGUUUGUCUUUAUUUGUUUUACUUUGGUUUUAAAAGCACAAUCACUAAACUUUAUUUUAAACCAUUUUAUCUAUUAACCUUUUUGUCUUACAUGAGGAAUACAGGUACGACAAAAGAGCCUUGUUAAUCCUGAUGACGUAGGUGAAGACGAUAAGCUGUUUACCUAGGGGUGGAGGUGGGAAACCGACUCCCUGCUGGCUAGUCUACGUCUGUCUCGCCAUCCUCAUCGAAACGAUAACAUUGUUAUUUUUUCUUUAUUUGAUUUUUUUUCUUUAUAAAAAGAGCCUAGUUUUUUUGUUUGUUUUUGCUUUACUGUUAAAUGACAAGUUAUUACAAAACCCGGUAACAUUAGUAACCUUGACAUUAAGGCUACUUUCCCUGUCGUUUAAUAGUCUUUUUCAUUCGGGCUGUUUUUUCUUCAUUUGACGAAUGCACUUAAAGGAUACUAAGGAACAGGGAUGUGGCCAUCACCAUGGUGAUGAGGAGGAGCAGACGGGAUUGGCCAACAGAGAGUGUGUUUCCUGAG